AGCAACGGGGUCUAUUGGUCCAUUAUAUACUGUCUAUGGUGGUUGUGUGUCUUUUCGCUCUGUCAGGUAACGCGUAGGGUUUGAGUUUAACUAACCGAUGAAACUUUAAAUAAUACUAGAAGGCAACGCAGAUAAGUGACACCUUAUACAUAUAGUGCUAAGUCGAACCUGAAUGGCCAAAAGGAAAAGCAAAAAGACUUUGAGACUGGAAAAAGCUGACGACGCUAACAUUACUCCAAACAUGCUACACGUUGAUGAAGCUAGCAACUAACCUAUUGAGAUGCGGGAUGUGGAUGAAAAUAGUGGACAAGAAAAGGAUGGUGACUGGUUUGAGGCAAGUCCAGAUGCACAAGUUGAUUUCGAGGCCCUUGCAACUCCAUUGCCAGAUACUCCUUUAAAACAAUCCGUGUACCUUCCGUUCAUUCGUUUUUCGUAGUGAAACCUAAGAGAAAAAAACGAGAAACCACUUGUUUUUUCGUUUUCCGUUUUUAAAACAAAAAUGGAAAAAACGGAUAACGGGUUUCUCGUUUUUUUUAUUAUCCGAUUCUCCAUCUAAAUGAAAAAUAUAAAUUUUGGAUAACCUGACAAAAAUUCAAAUACAAAUAAGAAAUAGCCAAUUCCCUGAAAUGUCUGUGAUUGGUGAUGAUGAUGAUGAUGUAGCUCGCUACAGUUAUUUUCUCCCCAGAAACAAUCAAAUCUCGUUGUUGAUUGGGUCCUUAAAUUAUGUCGUCAACAUUUCGGAUAACGGUCAUUUGAGCUGUCAAGUCUGAUGUAAGAUACCUGAAGAAGAGGGCAGCAUCAAUUUCCCACUCUAGCUACUCCUCUAUUUGAUAAGAUGUCGGCGUUUGUCCUUUUCAACGGCAGCAAGAGGGUCACUCUAAGACCAGAAGACAUGAUGACUUUGAAAUUAAGCGUCAUUUUUCAGGUCAAAAACGAGAGUAUAUAUCUCACAGAUGAUGCCAAUGUAGCAAUAUUUCCAGAAGAAAAUGGGACCUUCUUUUGCUUGGACCUCCAAGAUCGGGGGCACUAUGAAGUGCAUGGAGACCGCACUCAACAGGACUCAACUCCUGCCGUAGACCCUCCUGCCCCAUCUGCCCGCUUUUCUUUCCAGCGCCCACAUGCUGCCAGUGCUGCCUCCUCGAGUCGGCCAGUGACCAAGGCGUUCCAAAGGAAUGUCUUCAUUGGUGAAAUUCUGGAGGGGAAGUUGGAGACCAGUAAAAUGGUGACGGCCCGCUUUGGCGAAUUUGAGGCAUGUGUGCCAUCCAUUCUGGCCAAGGUCAGGGAGGCCCUUGGAGAGCAAGAACCCAUGAUUCUGACGGACAGCCAAGGAAACGAGAUCCUUGAUACAGAGGGCACCAGGGGAUCAUCAUUCUGGAAACAAAACUCCAGGAAGGUGUUUGCCGUGCUGGAGAAUCAGUUGGGUCAUCUACAGGCCAACAAGAGGAAGAGGCUGAGUCGGCGCGACGAUACUGCCUCUGUGGUUGCCGAGAUAGAGGAGGUGGUUGAGGCAGCCCAGGAAUUGAAGGAGGUGACGAAGGUCAUCCAAGGAAUUGAGUGGGGCGUCUGCGCGGUCAACUAUCCUGGUGCUGGCCGAACCAGAGGUGACAACCAUAAGGGCGGCAUUUGGUUGUCUCAUCUGCAAUGGUCUUGCUGUUAGACCAGUGUUCGCCACAUGCUGCAGGAGCAUUAUAGGGUGCCAAAGGUGUGUUCAUGUGUGGACAAGAGAACAACCUUCAUGUCCAAAGUGUCGGGCAGAUGAUGUGGAGAGCUGCAGCCAUGAGGUAGCAGGGCUGACAGAGGCAUUGGCCCUAUUUGAAAAACUGUUUCAAUAAAUUCAUUCCUGUUCUUGUCAAAUUAGCUUUUUUUUUUGUCUAAUUUGCAUUAAAUGUAAUGUUUUCACAAAAGCAUUCUGCUUCUCUUUGAUUUGGUGAAAAAUUAAGUUUAAGAUAACAAUUGCAAUAUGGAGAGUAUGAUUAUAAAAUGUUAGGAAUAUGUAGUAUAAAAGAAGAUAUGUCAUAGUAUUGCAUUAAAACCAGCAGGGAUGCUGACAUUAAGCACACACGGGACAAAUAACAAGUGCUAUGUACUUAAUUGUGGCGAGACAUAAGGAAAUUGAAACCGAUCCGCUUAGGUUAAACAAAACAUGCAUUUAUUAAUUUCAUGCAAACCUAUUUGUUGCAUUGAUGAGGCACAACAGUGCGUCUUGAAAAAGACUGGGGUCAUUGUUGACCGCCCUGUCAAAGAGGACUGUUAUGUCUGGAUAAUCUUGCAAGAACACCUGCUCUGCCUGCUGUCGGUCUUCUUCUGAGGAGAAGGGGUCCGUCCCAAAGGCUGACACCCAAGUCAAGAGGCUCCUAACUCGUCCUCAUACAUUCUUGCAGCCUCUGCAGCACUGGGUAGGAGCUCCAUUGAAAUCCUUUGUGGACAACCACCAGCUGCAAGCAUGUUUGGUAUU